CCUGUAGGCAACAAUAGUCUAAGGCUUUUAAUCAGUCUCUGUAGGAUUAUAUCGCUAUAGUGAAGAGUUUCUCCACAUCACCGCUGCAAACAGAAAGCAGCCUAUUGGCCUCUUCACACUUUAGAGCUCUAGUUCACUGAAAACUUUAUUCUGUCAACAUGAGAUCAAAAUAGAUUCAUUAGUUUAUAUAUUUAUAUUAACUCCUCUUGUCUUUGGCCAAACUGCAGAAUGCAAAAUCCCUGAAUUUUGACUCAUGUCCUUCAGUGAACCCAAACGUGCUGUGAGAUCAGCUGACUCAGCUGGUGACGUGCUGUGAGAUCAGCUGACUCAGCUGGUGACCGCUACGUCACUGCAGCAGCACCAAUCAUUCACUAGUUUCGGCCUCAGUCACGCAGUCAUAAUAUCCAGGAUUCACGCAGCUAACACAGUAACCGCAGCAGCUUCACCUCCUCUCUCAUGGAGAAGUUUGUGGUCCUGCUGGUCCUUCUGUCUCCAGCAGCUUCUGAUGUGGUACGAGUGAAACCUGGAGAUGAUGUCACUCUGCCAUGUCAGGCUGGUGAAGCCUCCAUCAUAGCUGUAGAGUGGAGCAGACCUGACCUGGAGCCAGACUACGUCCUCUUUUACAGAGAUGGACGUUCAGUUAAAACCCACCAGCAUCCAUCCUUUAAGGACCGGGUGCAGCUGGUGGACAGAGAGCUGAAGGACGGAAACGUGUCUUUAAUUCUGAAGAACGUGAACAGCAACGACGCUGGAACAUACGAGUGUCGAGUUGCAACAGGAGGUUCAAGACGUCAGAGAGCCGACAUUGAUGCUGAGCCAAUCAGAAUCAUCCAGCUGGAGGUUUCAGGGUCCAACAGCGGAGACGUCAUGGAGGGAAACUACUGUCUUUACUACGGACUGGGAGCACUGAUUUUGUUCGGGUUUGUUUAGCUGCUGCUGUUGGCUGGAAAUGGAAAAGACAUUAGAACAAGAAAUCAGGACAGCCUGCUGCUGAUGACGCAGUGAACGACCUCUGAUCUCUUUCCACCACAUGUUUCAUACAUUCAACAUGAUUUUCAGUCUUUCUGUGGGUGUGAAUAUGUAAAUCUGGCCUUUGAGGCAAAGGGACCAUGAUGAUCUGCUCAUCAACGUGAAAAAAUAAUGUUGGAGGGUUUGCGUACGCGUUGAUCCUGAGAGUUAUCUUGUCUGCAUAUCGUUGCCACUUUAUUGUUGUUGUGCCAUAAACAUAAAGUGCAAAUACCUCUACUUUGUCUGUCAGUACAGUCGGCCGACUUAAGUUCCUGCCCACCACAUCUGAACACUUCAGAGCUGCCUGUAAAACUAAACAGCUUGCCUCUGUAGCCGAAAGCUGUUGUUCUUCUUGUCGAUGUACUGUAGCACAGGCACCAACUGACAGUGGGUGGAAAUGUCAGUUGUUUCGUCUGCCUGAAUAUUUUUUACUUCCUCCAGAAUGUAAUCUUUGAUAACUGACAGCAUGCAGUCCAAAAGUUCGUUUUGCACAGUCUUUGAGGUGCCUUUAAAAAACUGUAGCUGUCGUAAGGUGCUUCUCACACACAGUCCAGCGAUCAACAAGAUCUUCUGAAAACGGCAGGGUUGUCAGAGGAUGCAGUCUUAUUGUGGCUCCACAAGGAAGAGUUAUUCUGUGGCCUUUGACAAUCAAACAUGUCUGACAAUAGAUUAGAAGAUCCAUGGUUUGUGUUUCAUAUCAGGUUCAUUUUUACAUUUAAUCUUUGAUCUGUAAUUUUUUCUUUUCUUUAAGAGGCUGAUGGUGGGUCAUAGAAAGGCUUGUGAUGUCUGCAAAUAUUUAUAUAUAUUGGAGACAAUGAUGGUUAAAUAUUUUACUUUGAAAGCUGCUUCGGUUUUUCUCUGUUUGUAAAGGUCUAUUCAUACUCAGCAGGUUCUGGUAUGAGUUGACUGUUUCCUGUAAGCCAUUUAUAUUAAAUUUUUCAUAUGUACAAAAAA